CGAAGUAGGACUCAACAUGCUUUCUUCCACCCUGCCCCAAGGCCAGGCCUCUUGGAUCUUGGUGAUUUGUGUUUGAGGGGAAAGGCGGGGCCUCCAACCUAGUAUUAAAGUGUUAGUACAGUUAAUGAGAAAAAAAGAAAGACUUGAACUCUUAUCUCUUUUCUCCUGUUAUGUUGAUGAGUAAGUGCUGGCUGCAGCUUUAUUGUUAUAGGGAUGUUUGAUUAAAUGUGGAGAUUUUGUUAUAAUCAUACUGUACCUUCUGUGAAAAGCCUGUUGAAAUGAUCAAGGAAGAGUCAUGCAAACUGGGCCAUAAAAGUAAAAUAGUCAUUGUGGCUCAUUGGCAGUGGCAACCAAUAGUGCCUCCUUUGCUGGGAAGACCUAAAUAUCUGAGUCCUGGGGCUGGUGAUAUCCCUGCAAAUCAAUCCUGGCCUGCUCUGUCAACACAAAUGCAGUGCAAUAACCAUGCGUUGUGGUAAUUGACAGUCUUCCAUUUUUUGCUUUCCUAGGCAGACCCCAAUGAGCUAAAAAAGCAAGAGGGGAAGGCACUUGAGUAUCAAGAAACAAAAGAAAGUUAUCAGGCUUCUUCAAGUUGGGCCUCAACCCAUCAGCUCCAAAUGGAUGCCUUUCCAGCGUGGUUCUCACCUGAGGCCUUCUAAAACAGAUCUCCCUGGACAGGGCCCAGUGUAACCAGUCCCGGGGAAAGCAUAGCAAAGCCAUGGGGAGCAUCUACAAAUACUACUUCAACUCGUGCAAGAUCUUGGAGCACUACAACUACACCAAGGAUAAGCUGGAGAAGGAUGGGCCCGCCACACUACCUCCCGUUACCAUCGUCAUCAUAGUGGUGUGCUGCAUUAUCAUCCUGGAGAACCUGCUGGUGUUGGUGUCCGUCUGGCGGAACAAGAAGUUCCACUCGGCCAUGUUCAUCUUCAUUGGCAACUUGGCCUUUUCGGACCUGCUGGCUGGCUCUGCCUUCAUUGCCAAUGUUGUCCUCUCGGGCCCAGUCACCUUCCAUCUGACACCGGUGCAAUGGUUCGUGCGGGAGGGCACAGCCUUUGCCACAUUGGCAGCCUCGGUCUUCAGUCUUUUGGCCAUUGCCAUCGAGCGGCAUGUGGCCAUCACCAAAAUGAAGGUCUACAGCAGCGACAAGAGCUGUCGGAUGGUGCUCCUGAUUGGGGCCUGCUGGAUCAUCUCAGCAGCAAUCGGUGGGCUGCCCAUCCUUGGCUGGAACUGCUUGUCGGACCUCAAUGACUGCUCCACAGUCCUGCCACUUUACUCCAAGCGCUAUAUUGUCUUUGUGGUGACUGUCUUCAUAGCCAUUCUUUUCUCCAUUGUGGUCCUCUAUGUCCGGAUCUACUGCAUUGUCCGUUCCAGCCAUGCUGAGAUGGCCACCUCCCAUGCAGUGUCCUUGCUCCGGACAGUCACCAUUGUCUUAGGGGCCUUCAUCAUCUGCUGGCUGCCUGCCUUCAUCAUCCUCUUGAUAGACACUUCAUGUCCCAGGAAAGCUUGCACCAUCCUUUACCAAGCCAAAUACUUUUUUGCUUUUGCGACCCUCAACUCUGCCAUCAACCCCAUCAUUUAUACACUCCGCAGCAAGGACAUGAAGAAGGAGUUCCUGCGGGUGCUCUGCUGCUGGGGGGUGAUGGGGCUGGGGAAGCCAGAAGAUCGGUGCAUGAUUCCCCUCCGCAGCUCCAGUUCCCUGGACCGGUGCACCCAGAAGCAGGAACUACCCACAUCACCCUUCAUGAAGAAGCACUCCACAUUUGUGUGAAGAGACACGAGGAGACUAGGGAGAUGGGUGGGCACUGAGAAGGACCAGCGGGUCCAGACCCGAGAGAGCGGUACAAAGGUGGUGUGGUACAUGGUGUGGAAUAUUGUCCUGGGAGCCAGUCGUCCUGCCUUGGAAUUACAUGGAGGUGUCAGUUUGUUCACUAGGCCUGCGCAGUAUUAUAACUUUCUGUUUGGAGAGAGAGAAUGUGUGAGU